AUGUCUGGGGUCGGUCUAUCACAAAUGAUCUCACAGCUUGUUCAGCUCGGUACAAAAAGAGUGCAUAAGGCUGUCACUAAGAAAUUCUGCUGGUGGAAGGCCUGGCCGAGUGCGAAGUCUCCACCAGAUGCGCUGGACUGGCAAAAAGCGAAGAGCAACUUGGUCGACUUCCCUGCUAGACCAUAA